AUGUCCGCCCCGAUUAAAGGCUCCACUGACAUCGUCAUGGCCAAUAUCAACGGCAACGCCCAACUUGAGGUAUUCGACAAGUUCAUAUUGUACCCAGAGCUACCCAAGGAGCUCCGCCUCCAGAUUAUCGAGAUCGCUAUCGAUGGUGCCGAAGCACGUACCUGA